AUGAAAAAAAUCGUUAUUUUAUGGAUCAGUGUUGUUGUAGUUUUUUGUAAAUUUUCAGAAAUGAACCUUGAAUCAAGUCUUCAUGAAAAUGGAUCAGUAUAUGGAUGGAGAGAAGAGGAAUAGAAGAUGUUUUAAAAUUGGGUAAAAGAUAAUUAGAGAACAUAUAAUAACGAAUUUGAAAUGAUCUAUAGAAUGGAAGUAUUUGUGAAGAACUAUAGAGCAAUGAAAGUAUUAUAAAAUAGUAAUAAAUCAAAUAGCAUCAUAAUGAAUAAUUACCAAAAGAUGUUUGGGGAUUAAACAAUUUUGCAGAUGAAACAAAUGAAGAAUUAGUUGAUAAAUUAUUUAUGAAGAGAGAUUUUGAAAGUCAUUAUGAAUUAUUCAAUGAAGAUGAUAUAAAUGAAAUAAGAUCAGAUGCUUUGAGUCAUAAUUCAUUUUUAUAAUCUGAUAAAAAAGUUGUUGUUGUUAAGAAAGCAGUAAAAUAAGUAGAAAAAGUAGUUGAACAAGUUAAGAAUCCUCCUAGUUUAGAUUGGUUGAAAUAGGUAAAGAUAAUAUUAAUAAUAUUAAGAUUACUGAAGUUCAAUAAUAAGGAAGAUGUGGUAGUUGUUGGGCAUUUGCAGUAUCUGAUGUUACAAUUAGUAGAUUAUCUAUAGCUAAUAAAAAUAAGUUAGAUUAAUUAUCUAAAACUCAUUUAAUUGAUUGUGCAGAUGGAAAUACUGCAGGAUGUGAUGGAGGAUCUGUUGGUGAUGCUUUUGAAUUUAUAAAUAAUUAUGGAACUGUUUAUGAAAAAGAUUAUAGAGAAUAUGAUUAAAAAGAAGAUGAAUGUACAAAACCUAAAGGAAGUAUAGGAUAUAAACAAUUUUAAUCAAUUGAAGGAUUAAGUAAAUUUACAAAUGAUGACAUUGAAACUGCUAUGUAAGAUGGACCUGUUGCUGCUCUUAUGUAUGCAGAUGAAAGUUGGUUAAGAUAUAAAUCUGGGAUUAUUAAUACUUGUAAUUAUCCUAAAGUUUCUAAUUAUUAACAUGUUGUUGUUAUUGUCGCAUAUGAUACUUAAACAUGGUUUGUUAAAAACUCUUGGGGACAAUAAUGGGGUAUGGAAGGCUUUUUUUAAGUUUAAAAGAAUGGAGAUGAUAACUGUCUUGAUAAAAUUAAGAAAAUUACCUUCCCAGAGAUUUGA